AAACCUCUCUCUCUCUCUCUCUCUCUCUCUCUCUCUCUCUCUUCCGCUGCUAGGGUUUUAUCGCAUCUCCUAUUCCCGCGUCGUCCCUCGCGCGUACAUCGCCCACCAUGCCGACGCAGAAGAGCAAGAAGAGAAAGUUUGUAGCGGAUGGGGUGUUCUUCGCGGAGCUGAACGAGUUGCUGACGAGGGAGCUCGCCGAGGAUGGAUACUCGGGCGUGGAGGUUCGGGUCACGCCCAUGCGCACCGAGAUCAUCAUCCGAGCCACCAGGACUCAGAACGUUCUCGGUGAGAAGGGGAGGAGGAUAAGGGAAUUGACCUCUGUUGUCCAGAAGCGGUUCAACUUUCCUGAGAAUGGCGUGGAGCUUUACGCUGAGAAGGUUAACAACAGAGGGCUAUGCGCCAUUGCCCAGGCCGAGUCUUUGCGCUACAAGCUUCUUGGAGGCUUGGCCGUUAGAAGGGCCUGCUAUGGUGUCCUCCGCUUUGUUAUGGAAAGUGGUGCUAAAGGUUGUGAGGUUAUAGUAAGCGGAAAGCUUAGGGCUCAGCGUGCCAAGUCGAUGAAGUUUAAGGAUGGCUACAUGAUUUCCUCUGGUCAGCCUGUCAAGGAGUACAUUGACUCGGCUGUGAGGCACGUUCUGCUUAGGCAGGGAGUUCUUGGCAUAAAGGUGAAGAUCAUGCUGGAUUGGGAUCCGAAAGGUAAGCAAGGCCCGAAGACUCCGCUCCCUGAUCUUGUCACGAUCCACGCCCCCAAGGAUGAAGAGGAGUUAAUCAUGAGGCCCCCAUCAAUUGCUCUAGAAAUUUAAUUUCAAUGGUUGUUGGUUUUCUUAUUUUUCAUUUCUACCCACUUCGUUUAUUUCAUUUAGAAAUAAACUUAGCUAGAAAUGUGAAUCAAUUAGGAUGCGAAUAUGGGACCUUGGAUAUCAACUACCAAGUCCUUUACUACUUGCACUAGGGACUUUUCUUAUUUUUUAUUUCGGGGAGUGAAAGAAUGGGUUUCUCUCUCCAAUUGUUUGGUGAAAAAAACUGUUUAGGUUGUUAAUUUAUUUACUUGGUCUUAUGAGGUAUAUUCUGUGCAUAUAGUAUGUUGUAGACCAAGUUCAUUUCCUCGCACCGGCACUACUUGCUACUGCAAAGUGCUAUUGUCUUA